AUGCGAAAGCAGCUUACUACUAUCAAUGGCUCUAUUACUUCUAUAGAGUCAAGUGUCCCGUUCGGGUUUUUCGUCUAUGCUCUUGAUUCUCAAUGUGAAACAGAAAACAAUGAUUCCUCGGCUCUUAGUCGUACUAAAAAAUUUGAUGAAAUCUUUGACAAACGAUAUUGGGGAUUCAAAGAGAGUCGUUCUGGCGGAGGUUCGACAUUAGAAGGGGCUUUCGAUUGGAUCCGUCAUUUGCGUUCAUUAUUUUAUCAUUUGCCCAUUCGAUCAGUUGCCGACGUACCUUGUGGUGAUACUUAUUGGCAGUUUAGCCUCCAAGAAAUAAAUACCAUUGAACAAGUCUAUUUUGGUGGAGAUAUUUCCAGAAAAGUCAUCGAACAAAAUCGACGAUUAUAUCAAUCAUCACAUCGUAAUAAAAUAUUUCAAGUUUGGGAUAUUGUUCGUUGUCCCAUACCAACAUUUACAUUUAAAAAUGAAACACAUGAACUCAAAGACAACCGAUUCGAUUUGGUAAUGGUGCGUGAUGCUUUGCAGCAUAUGCACAUACACAAUGGUUUGAAAGCUCUAUCCACCUGUUCAACAGUCGUCAAAAAAUCGGCGAUCGCUGGAAAAGAAUGA